AUGCUUUGGAUGACCUGGGGGCAGCGAACAGGCACACAAAACCGUACGCUGAGACAAUUUUUUUUCCGUUUCGAAAAUAAAUGAAAUAAGUCGACAUGUGCGUUUUAAAAAUUAAGCAAUUAAUAUUGAAAAUUCGCUAACAAAGAGUUAGGAAACACUAGCAGGACAGUUUACUCUAUCGGAUGGUGUCUGAACUUGUCACAUUGACUUGACGACUUAAAACUUGUUAUUUUCCAUGGAUUACGCAUUGCUUUAAAAAUGGUAAAAAGUUUAGCCUGUGGUAAGCAAUGUCAUGUUUACACAACUCGACCAAUCAUGAAAUGACUAAUUAACGAAGACCCCAAACCACCUUUUUAUACGUCUAAAAGUGAUAUUUAAAAAGCCUUGUCCGUUAUUAUUCAGACAAAGAGCAUGCCGGUUAGAUUAUUUGUCAAAUAUUUUUGGAGACAGAGUUCACAGUUUUAACUGCCUUUGUACAUAUUUAUCUCCGCGGUUGUAACAAAAAGAAGUAUUAGAAGCCUUGCCGAACAACAAAUUAACGUUUUAAAACAUAUAACUACUGUAUUUGUAGCUUUUUUCCUAAUAAAUGAAGGACAGAUUGAUAGGGUGCUUGGACAGAAAUUUGUUGUAAACUGUACAUCCUUUAAAAAUGUGAACAGAGCACCCUUAUUUGUGACUUUUAGAUCGGUUAGUGUGCGAACACAUGACAACAGAACCUAUCGUGAACACGUUCCAAUGGCUGCUUGCACAUCGUCUCCGAUUUAAAGAGUCCGUCCUACUACCGGACUGUGUCAGCGCAGCAUACGGUCGUCUGAUGACCUUUUUUCUGAGUGAUCCGAUCCGCUGUGAGAGGGCAGUCACUAUGUUGGAUGGAAAUUUUAGUAUGUACCAGUGUGCGGCGGACAUACUCGCCUCCGUGCAAACAUCCUACGUUCUCGUGAGGCCGCAACCACCACGCAGUGUCAGAAUUCCUGCACGCUCUCAAGCCAAACGCAUUCAUGCCAACUUCAUAUUAAUUCACCAAAAACAGGAAAGUCUACAAAAAGUAUCGUUUAUGGAUCAGUCGUCCCUUUCCUACAGGUCAAAUUUAUAUGACUCGAAUUGCGAGGGAAGUGCCACCAGCAACCAUAUGUUCGCAGAAGCUGAACUAAACGUCCUGUCAACGCUUUGGGCUGUGCUUCAAUCUCGAUUUCCCUACGAAUGUUACUCCUCCUUGCGAAGUGACGAUGGAAGCGACACAUUCGAUUUUGAUUUCUAAUUUCGAAAUAUAUGAUAUGUUUCGGUCAUUUCCCUUUAUUAUAUUUAUUCCUGUAAUAGAGCUCAGGUUCCAAAAGACACUUCUAAAAGUUUGAACAUAGGCAUUGGCAAAUUGUCAAGAAAACGUAGGCAGGCAUGUUUCGCCGUUUACCAUUGAAACGUUCUUCAGCUAAUUGAUGAGGGAACGGGGAAAUAAUUUCUACUGUAUAAAAAAUUUCCCGAAGUUACGGAAAACAUUCUUCUAACCAAUAUUGACCAGAGUGUCAAUAUACGUUAAACGAGUGUAUAUGGGACUAUAUAAUCUUUUUGGAUACUGCGGGGACAGAGACCUGGUUUCUACUUCGGUCUUUUAGACUCUGUACGUCUAACCUCUUGCAAAAAUGGUAUACUGAAUCACCGAUAUGCCCGCGUACGGAAGGAGGUCAUAGGAUGUUUGGCCAAAUACCUCACUUCAUCAGCAUCGUCACCGUCAUCAACAUCAUAAUCGUCAUCAGAGAUUUUGUCGGAAAAUUGCUAAACGAAUGAUAAUUGUUUUAAUAUAAUAUCGACUGCAAAGAAAUAAGUAGCAUCAACAACACUGUAAUAAAUAAAAAAACAGUUUUGGGAGCUUUCGAGUUGCGUUAAGUCAACAACACGACGGUUCUACAGUGGCAAGAAAGGAAAGUCAGAAUGGGCUGAGCAAGCAUUGCUAAGGCUAGGGUAGUAUUUGCGACUCCGCAAGCAGUUUCAAAAAGUCGACUCGCAGGCAUGAGACAGCCCUUUAGGCUCCUAGACUCACGAGUGUGAGUCCGUCCUGACGUUGCUCUUGGCAUCGAUUGUCCUCGCGCUCUAGCUAGGCUGUUUUCGAGUCGCCCGCAGCUGAAGCAAACUACUAAUGCGAACUUUAAGACGUAUGAGAAGGUGGUUGCAACUCCGGGCACCUUUGUCGGUCCAGGAUUUAGGGUGGUCCGCAAGGAGACUUUGGAGUUUUAAACCGAACCCGAUCUUCGUUCUUUUCACAGGCUGCGGGGACGUGUCAUCGUGGUAUCAGUGUCAAACUCCACCGGCCCCCCUCUCCCCGGCCUCUAAUUUUGUUACUGCUCUCACCGGUCUUCCCUUCCACAUCGACUUAUUUUUGCUGAGUAAGGCGUUGAAACGUUGUUUAUCCUUGUUCAGGCCGUUCAGUAGACAACUUACUUGCGCACACUGAAGGGGAACCACGAACGGGAAUAAUACGAAUAAAGUAUCCGCAAUGAAAACACAAUCUGUCACCCCCGCAUCACAUGAGAGGAUAAAUUUCUUUUUUGAUGGAUGCGACAUCAUUUUAAUGCAGCUGAAGUUCAAGCAUCUACGUAUGAUCCAAUUCACACGUACAAGUUAGAUAUAUUUGACCAACAGGAACAAAAUAUUGCAUUUCUGCGGAAGAAAAUGUAUCGACAUCUUAUCCCCAUCUCUAUAUUGCAUUUAUGAUGCACUUGCUCACUUUUGUGGUACUGGGAAAAAUGCUUUAGGAAACUUACCUCAUAACGAAUAACACAAUGUCCGCAAGUAGCACCACCACCAACACUGAGACCGUGUAGCCUAAGGUCAUUGUUGACGGCGAACGCCAUAAAACUCCUCUCCGGCAAAGUCGGGCUAAGCGCUUUAGCCAUACAGCAUUGGUUUUUGGAAUAUAUAUUAUGCUCAGCAUACAGAAGACGUGUCGAAUUUGCGGAACCGAAAUUAAAUUGACUUAAUAAAAUGGAACCUAUAGUAUUUUGGAUGGAUUUUGGGGUGACAAUAUGGAAAGGCACUUCUUACCACGUUGAGCAAAAUAGUUCCUAUCUCUUGUUGAAUUGGCAAAAAUGCACAUGAUAUUUCAUUAACUCGUAGAUGGUUAUAUUUCAGAAGUUGGUAAAAAUUUUUUCCAUGACGCAUUUCUUGAACCACAUUUAGAUUUCUGAACUUUGGGCCAGUUUUAAAUCUCUAUUUGUAAAUUUAUUUUAACGACAGAUUUCAGGGAAACACGUUCGUCAAUGAAUUAGUCCCUCGUCCUCUAGGCAUUUGAUUAGCAACAAAAGUGCCCAAGUAGGUCUUCAAAUAAGUGGAAAACAUUACUGACCAUAAGAAACUAGGAUAACACCGAAGACAUCGAUGCGCUAGGAAUUUGGUAAAUACAAAACACGCAAAUAUGUACGAUACGGAAAUUCCAAGCAAAGGUUUGGCAAGACUGACUUAUGUGUACGUGUAGCCUGAUCCUUGAUUCGGCUUGCUUGUUUAUUUGAUUUCCUCUGGGUAAGCAUGCUCGGUCACAUCAGAGAUCGCACGUUCGAAGGCGGUAUUCGUUUUCAUUCUCACAUUUUGCGUACGAGUACCUUAUCCAGGUGCGUCCAGUAUCGGUCUAGUGGAUUUCAGCUGGACAUAACGCCAACAUUCGGUCUCGUUCUCUUGGCCGAAGCCCCAAUCCCUCCUAACCCAAAGUAUGAGUUUCGAUUAGGAAGCUACGAGCGCAAUGUGCAUCACGCCCAGUCCUGCCCGUAAUGUCGCUUAUCACUUUUUCGCGAAUGACAAUUUUCCUGCUGAAAUUCCCUUGAUCAUGACCGUUGACGCUUUCCCCUACUUUUCGACGGUCUUAUGAAGGCCUCGGUUACCGCAUUCCGCCAUACCUGCGUUCUGUGAGCUUUACCAUCUGCUUCCUACACCCCGUCUUUUCCUUACGCACUUCCUAUCUGCUUUUCCCUACAUAGCCUGCCAAUGAGACGUCCUCUCACAUUCCUUUUCGCCCUAAUUUCAAGUUAUUUUCAAAGUAAACGCCGCCUAUUACCGGCUCUCAUUUACUCCAUUCAAAUUUCGACAUUAUCAAAAGUCUUGGCUUUCUCAUGACUUGGGCGGAUUUUCACGAACUUUUUCAUGGCCCUACUUGUAGAACUCCUUUUGACCAACAUUUCCGCAUCAAAAUCGGCCUUUGCAUAAUGCAGUCACGCGUAAUUUUUUUAAAGUAAUCAGCAAAAGUAGGCUGUCAAUGGCAAUGCGGGAAUAUGAUUUGAAACCCCUGGAAGCUAAGCUCUAUUUGCCGACGGACUAAAAGGUCUUUUUUUAAAACACACGGAUAGGCCGCUAGCCACGCACAAGUUCUUCACUAAUCUGUUUGCCAUGGUUGCCCAGUUUGAGUAAAAAUGUUGUAGAAAAACGCGCAAGUUUCUGGAAAGUUUUCUCAAGGAUGGGUUGGCACACAUGAUACCGUUUUAGAAGAUUAGAAAAUUCCCAGAAGCUGCAGAAAAAAUGUGACCUGCAGGACCAGGCGACCUUUUGACUUGGCCUAGCAUAUUUGGUUGUCUGGCGCACAAAAGUGAGGACUGCAAUUUGGCGCAGUUUAAAUGAAUCCAUUAAGGCCGUUAGUUAACCAGACGUUUUUCACCUUGUACAGACAUCUGAUUCGACCGCUCACUGUAGACUGGCAGGCCGUGGUAACACAAGUGCGAAACGCUACUUGGCAUCAAGCGUGAACUUGACGUCGUCCGCAAGACUCGCCUGUUUAGGCUAAUUGGAAAUCACUACAAUAGUUGCUCCGACCGUAGUGUAUGCGAGCAAGAUUAGCAGAACCGCUUGGCAAGGUUAAAAGUUAGUUAUAUGCAAGAGCACUGAUUGGCCCAGACGGAAUUUCGAUUCUUUCGACUUUUGCCGGACAUGGAAUUAAGCAUGGUUUGAAACAUUAACUUUUUUGUCAAUCCGCUGAUCUAACUUAGUUCAGUUUGGUUUUUGAGUAUACACAAAAGCUUCCUGACUUGUAACAGUCCGUUCCCGUGGUCGGCGGCGAUACUUGUUGCUCUCUUUGCUUCCACGUUGUCCCGUGUCCCCUGUCAAUGGGUGGAUGGUGCCGCUCUACACCUGACAACGGCGUAACAUGUGCUCGAGGCCCGUCGACUCUGCGCCAUCUUUUGACUGGCUGCCAGCGGACAAACGUUAGGCGCAUGCACGUGCAUCGCGCAGUUGGUUAGCGACAUCAAGGCUUGACACGUCUGUUGAAAGGACAUGCUAUAACGGCUUGCUGGACUGCAGGCACACUUCCUCGCCCUAGCAAAGCUUGUCUGUCUGACGUCUGCACUGGGGACCUCCGAGUUGUCAUGCGCCUCACCUCGAUAAAUUCGCAGCCACUAAGGAUGGUUUGACUAUUUUGUGACUGGCAGUCCUCGUGGAUUAUACAGCCGUGGAAAUGAUUAGAUGCUGCAAGCAAGUUAAUAAUUGAUAAUUUUUACAUAUUUACAUAUUUUACCCCAAGCGCUGUCAUAAAUAUGCGCCGAUAGAACAUGCUACUGGGCUGUACUAUGAAGCCCAAUCGGUGACAGUAAAAGAGACUGAGAAUAGAUGCAUCCAUCGCAAAUUCCACCGACAUCUCGCUGACUGGCAGAUUGACAGUUAAUCGAAUUUCCUGGCCUUGUGCAGACCAACUGGCGUCCGCAGUUCUUCGAUGAUUUGUUUGAAAGUGUGCGUCCCCAUAGGAAGCUUAUCUUACACCUUGAAACGCCUUCGUAUACUUCAUACGCGGAAAAUCAUAACAGGCAUAUAUUUAUACUUCUUACAGUCCGGUGGAUGCGAUUUUUGUCUUGCUUACUUGUGCAUCGCCCUGGUUCUCUUUUAUAACACCUUGUCACAGUUGUAGCAUUGUGCACCUGCAUAAGAAUAGUCUUAAACCUAUUGGAAAUAAAUCUGAUCGGUCACCAUGGUAGUCUUUCGGCCACUGGGUUUAGAAUAUAAUGGAAAUCGAUGAAGGUAGAAUAUGACUCGAAAAUUUGCUUCACGUUUUUUUCUGAGUAUAGUGACGGCCUGCCGCGGAUUUUCCUAUUACAACUGUUUCAACUUUUAGUCUUCAGUGGGUUAGAACAGCGUAUUGACGCUCGACACCAUCCGUGAUUUCCAUUGCAUAUUACACGACCAAUAAUAAAUAAGGAAUCUUAUCUAAUUUCCCUGGACUCCUGUGCGUUAUUCUAUGUUGCCUUGCAAAAACAGUCUUUUAAAGAUGAACGCGCGUUAUACUGCGGUCCUGGCCUGGGAUAUUCAUUAUUCGGUCCGUUUUUUUCCAGUCCAGAAGGCAGAGUGGAAAUAAAGCCUCAUUUACAAUGCAUUUUAUGCCCAACAAUGUUUAGUGAACAUUCCUGAAAACAGCUUCCGUUCCGUGUAACAAUUAUCCAGAUAUAAGUGACUAAAAUGUUGGACAAGGAUCGAUUGCACUGUAUGGGUCCAAAGUUUAAGCGCAAUGGAGACAGUGAAAGUAAAGUGAACCAGAGGAGGAUGCAGAAAUCGUUAUUGGGAAAGUAGGCGAACUCAUACCGGUAUCGGUGUUUUGGUUCAGAGUGAAGAUUGGUUUUCGGGGUUUGGGUUAAUGUCAGGCCUCGAAGUGACUUUAGGUUUAGGGUUUGCGUUAUGUUCAGGGGUUCGGUUUAGAUUUAAGGUUACGGUUAGGGUUGAGGUUUGUGUUAAGAUGUAGGUGUAGGUUUAAUUUUAAGAUUUGAGUUAGGGCCAAUGUUAGUGUUAGAAUAAGGUUAAAGCUGAUGUCAGGAUAAGGAUUUGAAUCAGGGUAGGGUUUGUGUGAGGUUAAGGGUUAGAUUUAGCGUUGAGUUUAGGGUUGGCGUUAUGUCUAGGUUUACGCUUGACUUAACAGUUAGGAUUAACGUUAGGUUUCGGGUGUUGCCGUCCUUGGUGUUCCGUCAGCUAGGUUUUUUGCUGGGACUCUGGGCCUCGUGACAGAAUCGCCUUAUAUCAGGUUUCCCUUUUUCAUUUUAGCCUUGGCUGCCUUCCCACAAACGAUUUCAGCAUCCUCCGCCGACUCACUUUCCUUUCAGUGCCCUCAUUGCGACUACAAUCUGGGCCUUUACAUCGCAACCGAUCCCUGCCAAAUAUUAAUUACCAUCUGAGUAGUUAUAAAAGUAGCGUUAUGAUUUUUUUCGUGUUCGCUUAUGUAUUAAUUACACAAUAGCACUUUAGACUGCAAUCAUCGAAAUGGAGAAAGUCCAUCUCAUGUGUCUGAAGAGCCUUUGGUAAGUUUUAGGUGGUCGCUAAUAAUUCCUUAAAUUUCAGGUAACGACAGUUUUUUCUCCAUUAUCGACAGAUUCUUCGCCUUACGCAUUAAUUUUUUAGAAAAGAAACAACAUGCGGUCUAUGUCAUAGUGAUGCCAUGUUGUUUCGUCUGGACCAAAUUCGGACAAAGCCAGUUUUACUGUUGCGAUAUGAAAUAUAAAUACACUUUCUACAUCCUAAGAAACAGAUUCCUAAAGAGCAAUAUGCACGCUGAAUGCCAUUGCAAAUAUAGCUUAAUUCAGCUGAGAGAUAUGUGAGAACCUAUCAUCCACAUUUUCUGAAAGAAAUCCGCCCUCAACACCAGAAUCAUUUUACCAAAGGUCUCGAUAAGAAGGGUAGUUGCAACUUCUACCUGCAGAUAAAAAUUUAAACGCCCUUGUGAAUGCUGACAGAAGCAAACAGACGAGUUCCAGUUAGCAGUCCAGAAGACGAAGAUGCGACCACUGUGCCGGCGGUCUUUUGAAGUUGAGCCGCCAUUUUUUGUUUUUUCCCUCCAGUCACGUGAACACUUAUUAAUUGUAUACCCCAGUCUUAUUCCUUUGCUUUAAUUGAUCUAGUCCUAUGAGGUCGUCUUUACAGUACGCUAGUACCUUUUUAAAGGAGCUUAAACCCUGCGAAAUUUCUGCAUCGAUUUUUCGGCCUCCUGAUCAUGACUCUAGUGGUUGCACUUUGCGGCCAAUUUGCCGUUUCUGCGAUUGUCGUGCGUUGGCGUUCUCACGCUCCCAAACGCAACGAACUCACCGUGCCAGCAGUAGUUACAGUCUAAAAACUUGUCCUGUUUCUCGGCCUUCGUCGUUGGCCUUUCCACGCUCGUAUCAGCAAAGGCCAAUAUUUUGAAAGCAACAUCGCUGUUGAUGGCAAUUUUCGCUUAAACGCCAGCCUAAAACAAGUUGUCAAUGCCGGGUUUUCUUUCGACUAACUGUCGAUCGAUAUUUAACAAAGCCCAGGAUUUGGAAUAACUUCUGUCAACCAAUGAACAUGGCAAAACAGGAGUAAUUUGCCUCCAGGAGACGUGGUUGAAUAGUUAUAUUGACUCGGAACUAAUCACUCCUUCGACAUUUUGCUGUUUUCGAAAUGAUAGAGCAUCUCCAACAGGCAGUAGAGGUGGAGGAGUGGCCAUUUUUGUCAAGCAAGACUGGUGUAUAAAUUGUAAGCCCCUGUUUUCAUAUUCUGGUGAUUUAAUUGAUGUCAUUGCUGUUAUCUGUAAGCCCCAUUUGUUAAAUAGCUUUAAGGGUAUCAUAUUUCUCAGUAUUUACAUCCCCCUUCCACAAAUGAAGGCUCUCUGUGCCGUUUUUAGACUUUCUCACACAACAACUUGCUUCAUUAUCCUCAGACCAUCUUAUUCUUUUGUGCGGGGAUUUUAACCGUGUGAGCUUUCGGCCCAUUACCCUUCUGGGUUUUGAUUACCUUGUUUCAUUCAAUACACGGGCUGAUGCCCCUCUUGAUCACAUCUUGACCAAUUACCCAAAGUUUUUUGUAUUAAAAAUAGAGCUCCGCUCUCCGGGUCUGAUCACACAUUGCUAGUAGGACUUCCAAAAGUCUAUUCCACCUCUAAGCGUCAACUGCUUACAAAACCCGAGAGGAAAAUUACUGUUCGAGACACAUCCGUAGAUAAGAUCCACUUACUGCAGAGUUCGAUGACUAGUACCAUCCCAACUUUUCUAACACUACAAAAUGCUGAAUUAUGCUCUAACAAUCUUACGCUAUUUUUGAAUCACAUUUUUGAUAUUUGUUGUUCCCGGGAAACUGUUAUGGUCCGGCCUGACAGAAUCUCCUCACCAUACCUCAAACACUUGAGACGUCGCAAAGAAGCCUUCUACAAACUAGGUCAGCGUGACAAGGUGAAGGAUAUCAAUGUUCUAAUAAAGACCGAAAUCGCGAGACUUAACGGUUGAUUCGUUAGUCAACUUUUUUCUACUUCAUCCACCCCUCCUCUCCUUUCCUUCUGCUGAACAGUGGAGGUAUCUCAAGCGUCUCAAUGGUCAACGUAAUAUACUUGAACCCAUUGAUGUAGAUUUAAACUCUUUAAAUCGAAAUUUUAUCUGUACUUCUAACGACUCCCAUUCUCGCCCAAGUGAAACUUACCUACCACCAUGCGACUUUACUCCUGCGACCGUGACAACAGUGGAACAACAUCUCAAAAGUGUUCGCCGGUCAACGGCCGCUGGGCCGGACGGUGUCUCUCCUUUUCUCCUUAAGUCUUGCUGUUUGCAGAUAGCUCCCGUCUUGACCAACCUUAUUAUUCUAUCUUUCAGAGAGUCCAAGAAUCCUGACGCCUGGCGUGCAGAAGAAUUACUCCAAUCCCUAAAAAAUAUUUAACUUUUGCUCCUAAAUCUUUUCGUCCUAUUGCCUGCUCUUCUGUACUCCUGAAACUUACUGAACGAGUUGCAUUAGAUUCCCUUUAGUACUCCUCCGUCAAUUUUUCUGAUCCUCUACAAUUUGCAUACAAGGCAAAGCGUAGCACCUUGGAUGCCGUUGCUUUAGUUGUCCAUUCAGCUUUGAGAGACUUAGACAUGGGAUGCCAUGCAUAUGCAUGUGUUUUUCUCGUCUACUCAUCCGCCUUCAACACUAAUCCGCGCCUACUCCUACUGACCAAAGCAGCUGCGUGUGACGCUCUGAGCUGGGUUGUUUCUUGGCUUAGAGAUUAUUUUUCCUUCCGCACACAGUUUGUCGUGUCGGGAAAGAGAAAAUCUUCUAUUCUUCCAAAUAAUCGUGGAGUUCUACAAGGUUCCAUCUUAUCCCCUCAUUUUUUCUCUCUACAUACUGAUGAGUUGAGAUCGCCAAACGACUGCCUGUAUGUUAGGUACGCCGAUGACAUGGUCGUAGGUUACCCACUCAAACACCUGACCCAUUUGCAGUCUUUAAAGGAUGACUUAGAUCAUGCCUCCGCAUGGUCGUCGAAUACCAGACUCCUACUCAACAAUCAGAAAUCAGUACAGUGUGUGUUUCACCUGCGACACUCUCCCAUUCCUGAACCUUUGGAUAUUCUUCCCAAUGAGGUAUCCUCUUUCCGGUACCUAGGUGUAACUUUGUCCUCAAAUAUCUCUUUCUCUCUUCAUAUAGAAACCCUUUUAACAAAAAUUCAAUAACUUGUUUAUUACGUUCGUCGUCUACGUUCAUAUCACACACCCCAGUCCUUAAUCUGGCGAUUCAUAGAUGGCUGUAUUCUUCCACUCAUUUUUUAUUGUUCACCAGUUAUUUUUCCAGCUUUACUUAAAAAAAGAUCUAAUUAUUUUUAAACGUGUCAUUCGAAUGCUCGCCUCUGCUGCUGGUGUUUCCUAUCAUCUUUUAGUUGAUAUCAUCGUGCGGCGACACUUCAAGUCGGUGGGGCAAUUCGCUGACCGAAUUCUGAAUGACACCGUCCAUCCCCUUCCUAAUGAGUUAAUGGCUGCGAAAUCCAUACGCCCCAUGCGUCGAUGCCUCCGCCAUAUCCCUUGUCGCACUUCGGCUUAUCAGAAUUCCAUACUGCCAUUUAUAGCCCGGCAUCUCACCUGCAAAGAUGUUGAAAAACAAAAGCUAAAACUUGAUCUUGCACAUUUAAGUCCCUUUUCUUCAUAUAUAAUUAUGUCCACCUGUCUGUCCAAAACCCGUUAAUCUCCAUGGUAAUCACUGUGUACUGGAGAACCGUUUUUGCUUAAAGUUGUGAAUGUUAUUUUCAAAAUAAAGCAUUCCUCUCUCUCUCUCAAAGGAUCGCUAGUAUAGAUGGGUGUCAAGGGGCAGGGCAGAUCUAAAAGUGAAAGGAUCAGAAGACGAGGAUGCGACUACUGGAACAAGAAAUUAAUUGACCUGAAGUUUCGGAUUCUCACUCGAACCCAUCAUCAGAGACAGUCGCAGGUAUGGGUAAUGGUGGCACAAGGAGUGCAGUAUUAGUAGCACGUGACUGCCGGGGGACCAUAUGCGCACUGUAAUUAGCAGCUCUCGCAAUCACGACUCGACGGUUGGAGACAUUUGCCCUUCGAGAGUCGUCUACAUAUGCGCAGAUUCGAUUUCUGCAGAGGUGUCUCGACAACAGUGUGCUACCGAAGUGUGUUUCAUACAAACCCCCGGUUAACACAGAGCUGGCGAGACGCGCAGUACUUUAACACGGCCGACGGAUGAUCCGAAUUCUCCGUCAAGACUGUCACACACGGAUUCGUAAAUACCGUCGGGGGAUUGACCAAGAGAAGGCAAGGUACUACGAUAUUAUGGGCGAGAACAGCACGAAACCGCUUCAGCAGGGGCUGGCCGAACGAACCCGCAAACAUAAAGCGACUAGCAACGUAGCCCAAGAGAGCCAAUUUCGUAAGCUGCCUGCUCCAAUGUCAUUCAAAAACGACAAACUGAUGCACAACCUGUCCAUGUGAACAGAUUUUUACGCUGUUCUGGUUAACCCCAUCCGCAAAACGCCUUUUCUCUACCAUACACACAUUGGAGUUAGUCUGAGUUCUGUUUUCACUUCCACGACCAGAUGGGCCAGUCACGCCAAUUUUUUAAACUAAUCAGCAAAUAUGGCCUUUUGUACGGUUCGACUACUGAGGUGUGAGAAGGAAAUAAGAUUUGAACCCCUGGAAUUUAAGCACUCUCUAAAACCUAAUGACAAGUUCUUUUUAGAAUUACCGUUAGUCGGUUAACCACGCAUAAGUUAUUCCAUCAACUGUUGGCCAUUUUUGCCCAGUAAUAAUGUUAUCGACAGACAGGCUUGUCUCUGGAAAUUUUCCUCAGAAAUGGGUUGGCACAUAUUAUGCCUGUAUAAUAGAUUAGAAAAUUCCCAGAAGCAGCAGAAAGCAAUGUGACCUGCAGGACCGGGUGGCCUUUUGACUUACCCUUGCAUAUUUGGUUGUCUGGCGCUUAAAAGUGAAGACUGCAGUUUGGCGCAAUUUAAAUGAACCCAUUAAGCCCGUUAGUUUGCCAGACGUUUUUCACCUUGUACAGAAACCUGAAUCGACGACUCACUGUAGGCUGGCGGGUCGUGGUAAGACAAGUGCGAAACGCGAUUUGGCAUCAAGCGUGAAAACGACUUCGUUCUCAGGCAUCGCCUGUUUAGGCAAGUAGGAAAUCAUUACAGUAGUUGUUCCGACCGUAGUGUAUGCGAGCAAGAUAAGCAUAAACACUUGGCGAGGUUACGAGUGAGUUAUAUGCAAGAGCACUGAUUAGCCCAGACAGCAUUUUAGCUCAUUCGAUUACGGUCAGGCAUGGGGUCAAUCCGCUGAUCUAACUUAGUUCAGUUUGGUUUUUGAGUAUACACAAAAGCUUCCUGACUUGUGACAGUCCGUUCCCGUGGUCGGCGGCGAUACCUGUUGCUCUCUUUGCUUCCAGGUUGUCUCGCGUCCCCUGUCAAUGGGUGGAUGGUGCCGCGCUACACCUGGCAACAGCGUAGCCUGAACUCGAGGCCAGUCGACUCUGCGCCCUCUUUUGACUGGCUGCCAGCGGACAAACGUUAG